AUGCAAUUCCACCUUUCCACAAUCUGCCUCGCGGCCGCUCUCUUCGCCUCGCACAUCAUCGCAGCUCCCGCUCCCGCCCCAGUCCCAGUCCCAGUCCCAGUCCCAAACCCAGAACUCAUCGCUCCACCCAGCGGUCACGACGCAGGCAACUCGCUCUGUUUCAAGGGCUACUUCUACGGCGCCAUAGCGUGUCCCGGACGAUGGUAUGAGGACGGGACGUGCUGCAUCACAGACGAGAUUGAACCCAAAGAGAACGACGGAUUCACGGGUGAUGCUGAGUGA